UGGCAAGCUAAUAUAGGCCUUGUACCUAUUUCAAUUUUACCUGACAUAUGUUCCUCAAGUGUUGCAUUAAAAAAUAUAGAUAACGUUAUGAUCAUAAAUGUUUAUCUAUGAUAAAAUGCUACUUAUCUCGCAAUGUAAUCCGCUUUAUCUAAUCAAGCAGAAUGUUUCCACUUUCAUGCUCAUGCCGUUCCAAACAUCACCAAAAUUUCUGCUGUACGUGAUAAGUAUGUAAUUUCAAAACAAUGUUUGGCGAAAAUUACCUUCGAGUACUUCUUGCAGCCUUCAAUUUUAUUUUUGCGAUACUAAGUAUUGCGUUAAUAGCGCUCGCCAUCAUAUACGAAGAGAAAUUGCUAUCUGUGUCUUUGUAUAUUGAAGAUCUGUUCAUUACUUUUCCAACACUCUUACUUAUUCUUGGAAGUUUAGGAUUUGUAUUUUCGAUUUUGGGCUGUUACUGUGCAAGAACUGCACAUAAAGGAUUUUUUGUAGCGUUUAUAGUUGCACUUUCCUGUUUGAUGAUUUUGGAAUUGAGUAUAUCUGUGAUUGCCUUUCUAAAUAUUGAUUCCGAAUUGGGUAAUAAUACGAGAUCCUUAAUGGAGAGUCAAGUUACAAGCACCAGCGCUAGCGACAUAACCAAAUUUCAUCAAAUAGAAGACUUAUUUCAGUGUUGCGGCAUUAAUAAUCCCUAUGAUUAUUUGGAGAACGAUUGGCCAAGUUUUAACUUUGUGUACUGCUGCGGCGUACGAAACUGCCGCGAUGAAUUGGAAAAUAAUUAUUAUUCACUUAUAUGGCAUCGCUAUGGCUGUGCCAUGGUGGUUGAGAUUCAUAUAAAGAAAAUAAAUAGACAGAUCGCUGCAAUUGGUGCUGUCUUCUUUACAUUGCAAGAUCCUAUGGACUGCGAACAAAAUUCUGCAGGUAUAUAA